AUGGCCCGACGUAUCUUAAGGCUCGGUGCGCCGAUCGGCGCGCUGGCGACCGGCGCCCUCGCUGGGGCGAGCCGGAAGGCGAGCAGCGCAGCGGCUCCAGAGCACUUUGACUUUCUGGUGAUCGGCGGCGGCAGCGGCGGCGUCGCCUCGGCGCGCCGCGCCGCGAUGUACGGCAAAAGGGUGGCCAUCAUCGAGCGCGGGCCCGAUCGAGACCAGCACGGGCAGCGGCGCGGCGGCGGCUACGGCGGCACUUGCGUCAACGUCGGCUGCGUGCCGAAGAAGCUAAUGUACACGGCGGCGGCGCACUUUGAGGCGGCAGAGACCGCGCCCGGGUACGGCGUGGAGAUGGGCAAGCCACGGCUCGAUUGGGGCGCCCUCGCGGCCAAGCGCGAUGCGUACGUCGCGCGCCUCAACGGCAUCUACACGCGGAACCUCGACAACGCCGGCGUGACCCACGUCGAGGGCCUUGCGCGCUUCGUCGCGCCUCGCGAGGUCGAGGUCGCAGGCGCCCGCUACUCUGCCGACCACGUCCUGAUCGCGGUCGGAGGACGGCCGGCGACGCCUCCCAUCCCGGGCGCGGAGUACUGCAUCUCGAGCGACGGGUUCUUCGACCUCAAGGCGCAGCCGGAGAAGGCGCUCGUCGUCGGCGCGGGCUACAUCGCCGUCGAGCUCGCGGGCAUCCUGCAGGCUCUGGGCUCCUCGUGUCUAGGAACCCUUGCGUUCCCGCGAUGCGCCGCUGCACUGCACAAGACCGCACUGCACGGGACCGCACGCGGCCUCCUCCGCUCCUCGUGCCCGCCCGCCUCCAGGCUGGCGAGCGGCGAGAGGCUCACGUCGCUCGACUGCGUCUUGAUGGCGAUCGGGCGGACGCCGGUCACGGCCGAGCUCGGGCUCGAGGCGACCGGCGUCCAGCUGGACGGCAAGGGGCGAGUGGUCGAGACGGGCGUCUCCGGCCUCUACUGCCUCGGCGACGCCUCCACCUCCGGCUUCGAGCUGACGCCCGUCGCGAUUGCCGCCGGCCGCCGCCUCGCCGACCGCAUCUUUGGCGGCGCGGCCGACGCAAAGUUCGAGCGUGCGCCAACUACAGACACCUCUCUCGGGGCUCUGGCCUGGGCUUGGCCUGGGCUGAGGCGCCCAACUCCCACCGCCGAGCAGGCGCGCGAGGCGUACGGCGACGCGAACGUCAAGGCGUACAAGUCGGUCUUCAAGCCGAUGCACUUUGCGCUGUGCGAGGAGGAGGCCAAGAAGCCGAUGGCGAUGAAGCUCGUCUGCGCCGGCGAGGAGGAGCGCGUCGUCGGCCUCCACGUGAUCGGCAUCGCGGCGGACGAGAUGCUGCAGGGCUUUGCCGUGGCCGUCAAGAUGGGCGCCACCAAGGCGGACUUUGACCACGCCUGCGCCAUCCACCCGACGGCCGCGGAGGAGUUUGUGACGAUGGGGCCGUGGGGCGCCAAGCCGGAUGGGCAGGGCGGCAUCGUCCCCACGCCCGUGCCCAAGGGGAGGUGA